AUGUUGAGGCCAUCGUUCCAGACGCUGCAGCGCUCGCUGCACAAUUCGCUGUUGGUGGCUCGCAGCCCUACCGUCAUCAGCAGUAAGACAGCCGCUCAGCCCUUGCGCUUCCUCACGUCGGCCUCUGGCAAGUCCGUCGUCUCGUCGACGAGCAAAAGCGUAGCACAACCUCUUCGGCAGGUACAGCAACAGGUUCGAGGAGUCCGUACCAGUCCCUUCCGUCCCAAUGUCGGCAACGGUGGUCCUGGCGGGCGGUUCGCCUUUGCGGCCCCUCACGCUGCCCCUGCGGCCGAUGCACCAACCAGCUUCUCGCAGCCCGGCGGAUGGACCCGCGCCCUGACCAGCCUUGGUAUCAUCGGAGGCACUGCUCUUGGCGCCAACAUGUUCCUCAACCGCGAAACCCGCGACUCGCUCCACCCGGUCGAGGCCGAGUAUCUGCACAAGACCUUCAUGUACCUCGCUGGUGGCUUGACUCUCACAGCCGGUGCCGCCAUUGGUCUCCACCGCUACGGAGUCUCGCAGCGUGUCAUGAUGGCCAACCCGUGGCUCGUGCUUGGUGUCGGUCUGGUCGCUAGCAUUGGCGGUAUGAUCGGCGCCACUUCGCUGCCUAAUGGUCAUCCCCUGAAGGUGCCGUCGUGGCUACUCUUCAACGCUUCGCAGGCUGCCGUCCUCAGUCCUUUGCUCUUCCUCAACCCGGCCGUGCUAUCGCGAGCUGCUCUCUACACUGCUGGUCUCGUGGGCUCGCUCUGCUACGUCGGUGCCACUGCCAAGGAAGACAAGUACCUCUGGAUGGGCGGACCUUUGCUCGCUGGUGUUACCAUCGUCGCUCUCUCGUCGCUGGCACCCAUGCUCCUGCCUCGCACCGCAUUCCGUGCCCUCGCCGCUACGGAGGCACUCUCGCUCUACGGCGGUCUCGCCGUCUUCGGUGCCUUUGUUCUGUACGACACGCAGCGUAUCCUGAAGCACGCCCAGAUGGUGCGAGCAGGCUACAUGGCUGGUGACCCGCUCGCCGAGUCGAUCAGCCUCGAGCUCGACUUUAUCAACAUCUUUGUCAGGAUGGUGCAGAUCCUCGGCAUGCAGCAGAACCGUCGCAAGUGA